AUGCGGAUCGUUCCAAAAAUCCCCUCCCUUUCGUCCCUGCCGGUCUUCACGCGGCCGCUCACAAGCCCCGCAGCCGCGUGCGUCGCAGCCUUUCCCAUCUGCUGCUCGCCCACCAGCGACGGGGGUUCCUGUAACGACUCCCUGCGACGUCACGCGCGACACAUCGAGCGACGAGCCAAGGACGCCUCGUGUGACGAUCGGCGUGACAGCGAGUCGCACGAAUUGUCGUUCUGGGCGUCGGAGUGUGCUCAGGCGGGUUGGAACGACAAGCACUCGCAUCACGGAUGCGCCUCAUUCUCCGUCUCUGUUCCCCCCGUUAUAGUGCCGCCGCCUACUAGCAACGACGUCGCUCGGCGGUAUUUUUCUAGCAGGACCGAGAGCCGCGCUGCUCACGCGGGAAGCACGAACCGCAACAAAUCAAAGCGCAAGUCUAAUGGCGCCGGGUGCGGGGACAGCGCGGACGAGAAACAAGACGCCGUCGCCGCGGAGUUGGCGCCAGCAGCGGUUGCGCGGGCUAACCCAAAGGCCGGUAAGACGACAGAAGUCGUCGCGACCGUCAGCUCCGCCAGUUUCGCAAAGAGUCGCACGUCCGUGCGCGCGCGACCGUCGCUGGUCAUCCCAGACCCUGCUGGGGAGCCGUUGGAUUGUAACGAGGGCUUUGUCUCAAUUGACGUCGAGUUAACGAAAUCCCAAAGGCCGUUACAUGGCAGUAACCACAUGCUGCCGCCCCACCGCGGCUGCGCAAGUAAGCCGCUGCCGUCGCGCAACCGUUCCAAAUCGAGGCCGCGAACAGCGCCCAUGGGAAUUGCGCGCUGGUUUUGGGACGCCGCGGCGGGAGUAGCAGGAUCGGCCGGAGCGGGAGAAGCGGGAGGGGCGGAAGGAGCGGCGGAAGGAGCGGCGGAAGGAGGGGGUGGCGGAACCCAGAUCGGCAAUUCGACUGAGGGAACAACGCCUGUGACAGCGAUCGGACGCGCGGCGGCGGAGGCGGCGAUUGACACGUGUAGCGGCGCCAGGAGCAGCAUCAUCGCGUUGGGCGACAACGCGGCGGCGCCGACACGGACGACGCUGUUCCGAUCGGCGCGCAGCGAAGGCGGUGACGGCGAGCGGCGCGCUCGCGACGUGCUAAUCGUGAAAGGGGGAAGGCCGCCAGCUGAUGCGCGGGGUGGCGGAGGCGGCGUAUUCCGCAAGAAGCAGCGACGGGGGAAGGGCAAGCGGAGCGUGUUCGUGUACGAGCUGGUGCGCGCGCCCGCGGGGGAAGGCGUGGAUGUGCAAAUGCGCGUUCCGCGCGCGAGGACUGCAGCGGCGGCGUUGAGCGGCAACGCGAAGGAAUCGGAAGAACCACCGAGAACGGUGGCGCAGGGUUGGCAGCAGCGGUCACUGGAUCGAAGCGACACGCAGAGCGACAUUGCUGACGUGGACGAAUGGCGGAGAGAGAUGGAGAAAUAUCUGGCCGAGAAGGACCGACGCGCGAGCCUUGAGGCCUCUCAGAAGGAACGGACGAUGAUGAUUCUGGAGGACGAGGGGGAGACGCGGAAGAAGCGUGGGGAGGGGAAGGAUGAGCGCGCAAGUGCAGCACGGCAGUCGACACUCCCCACACGCGGAGGACGUGCGGGGAGAGCGGACGAGGAAUUGGAGAGGGGAGGCAGCAGCGGCGAGGAGGAGCAACCCGAUCGGGAGAAUGGCAGCAGCGGCGACGAUAGCUGGGGGUUGCGGGACGAUGACGAUGCCUUUUUUGGAGCAAGCGGCCGUCCUUGUAAAGAGUAUGGCGGCUGCGACGAGGCGGUUCUCCGGCGAGGUGGAGCGGAGUUGGGUGGAAACAGCAGCUGGCGCGAUGCAUGCAGCGAGGGGGAGGCAGGGGGGAUUGACCGGUGGGACCUGGACGCGGAUAUCGAGGAGCACCAUAGCGAGGAUGGAAGCAGCGCCGCGCUGUCCGCCCACACGAGCGGCGGCGGUGAAGACGCGUGGGGCGUUGGGGGCAGCAGCGGCAGCGAGGGGCGACGAGCGGGGCGGCAGUGGCGUGACGAAGAAGUAGUAACAGAGUUGGGAGUGGAUCGGGAGGAAUUGAGAGCGGUGAGGGGGGAUGAGGAUUGGUUUGAAGAGGGGGAGGAGGGCGUGUUGCUGGUGGACGAGGGGCGGGUCGUGCUCGCUGCUUCUGAGUCACACGGAGAUUGUGGCCAGGAACGGGUCUGUGUAGGGACAUCCACGCGCGCUGCUCCUUCCCCGGCUGCUGCUGCUACUACCGUGCCUGUUGCAUCUCCCCCCACAUGCGCAGCAGUCCCUUCCACUGCGCCGCCCCGUGCCGUCCGCCAAGCCAGCAGGGCCGCCGUUGCCCGUGCUGCAGCAGAGGCGUUCGGCGCGCAGGCAGGCAGGAGAGGCGACGGAAGGGAUGGCGGCGACAGUGAUGGCAGCACCGGCAGUGGCAGCGACAGCAGCAGCAGGGAGGGUGAGCGACCUGUGCUGCUGCGCUGCGAGGGCUUGCGGGGGAGCAACCGCGUGCGCGCGUUUGACCCCAGCGAGUACGAGACGGCAGCAACAGCCGUCGCCGCAGCAGCUGCAGCAGCAACAGACGCAGGCAAGGGUGUGUCUGAGAGCAAGUACGAGGCAGGCGGAGAGGCCGAGAGACUGGCGAAAGAAGGCUGCGGCGAGGCCCAGAGCGAUGACGCUGUGCUGACGUCAGCAGCAGCGGGAAAGGGCCAGCAGGCGGCGGCGGCGGCGGCAUGGUGGCAGUUCGGCAGGGCUGAUAAGGCUGCCAGCAGUAGUGGGCAGGGCGGCAGGCAGAAGAGCAGCAGCAGCGCGGUCAGCAGGGGGCGUUCGCGACCAGUGGGGCCCCCACCCACCCCCCAGAGUCCUGAGGAUGACGCACGCAUACAAAGCCGCACGCUGUACUCGAUGUCCCCGCCGGGGCUCCCCUCGCGCGCCGCAGCAUCGCCAUCAUCCCGCCUCCCGCCCUCCUCGGGCCUGAGGAGGCAGCAGUCCGCCGCUGCCGCGCUGGCCUCUGCUGGUCCUCGUGCGCCCUGUGCUGACUCAUCCCGUGCUUUAGCGAUGGCUCAUAGGCACACUAAGAGGCAGGUUGACUCGGCUGCAGGCAAGGAGAGCAUUGGAGCAAAGGAGAGCAUUGGAGCAAAGGAGAGCAUUGGAGCAAAGGAGAGCAUUGGAGCAAAGGAGAGCAUUGGAGCAAAGGAGAGCAUUGGAGCAAAGGAGAGCAUUGGAGCAAAGGAGAGCAGGCGAAUGGUGGUGGUUUACCACAAGAGCAGCAGCACUGGCAGCAGCGAGGAGGGAGGCACCAGUGGCAACGUGUCGGGCAUUCAGAAAGGCAGUGCUGGUGGUCAGCCCAAGCGCAUAGCCCAUAGCGUGACCUACCACCCUGGAGGCAACGCACCGACAAGCCUAGUCACGGCUGGCUGCAGCCUCUGA